AAGCCCAUUAUUUAAAGGAAAGCUUACGUGUACACAGAGGGUAGCGUGUUUCUCACAAUCAUUAUUUUCUUCGCAGAUUCUGUCGUCUUCUCUACUCACGAGAACUGAAAAACAGCUCAGUCUUACGAGAAGAAGAAGAGUGAAAGGAGGGCGAGAGUGCAAAUUUCAAAGUAAACUUAGGGUAAUGCCUUGUUUUUCUUUGACUUCUGGUGCUAGUGGUGGUAUUAGUGGUGAUGAUAAUGGUUCACUUCGUAAUUUCAAACUAAACGAGUCAACCUUCUUGGCCUCCCUCAUGCCGAAGAAAGAAAUUGCCGCCGAUCGCUUCAUCGACUCUAACCCUAAAUUCGAUGGACGCGGCGUCGUUAUUGCGAUUUUCGAUUCUGGUGUCGACCCUGCCGCUGCUGGCUUGCAAGUGACAUCCGAUGGGAAGCCUAAAAUCUUGGAUGUUGUGGACUGUACGGGCAGUGGAGAUAUUGAUACCUCAACGGCGGUCAAGGCUGAUUCUGAUGGUUGUAUUCGUGGUGCUUCUGGGGCAACUUUGGUUGUCAAUUCUUCAUGGAAAAACCCAUCUGGUGAAUGGCGUGUGGGCUAUAAGAUGGUAUAUGAGUUGUUUACGGACAAAUUGACUUCUCGUUUGAAGAAAGAAAGAAAGAAAAAGUUGGAUGAGAAGAAUCAGGAGACAAUCGCUGAGGCUGUAAAGCAUCUUGAUCAAUUCGAUCAGAAACACAAGAAAUUGGAGGACGGAAGCUUGAAAAGGAUUCGUGAAGAUCUCCAAAACAGAGUUGAUAUUCUAAAAAAGCAGGCUGAUAGCUAUGAUGACAAAGGGCCUGUAAUAGAUGCUGUAGUAUGGCAUGAUGGGGAAGUAUGGAGGGUUGCACUUGACACACAGAGUCUUGAGGAUGAGCCGGAUUGUGGAAAACUUGCUGACUUUGCACCUCUUACAAAUUUUAGGAUUGAACGGAAGUAUGGCGUGUUUAGCAAAUUAGAUGCUUGUACAUUUGUUGUUAAUGUUUAUGAUGAAGGAAACAUCUUAAGUAUCGUAACAGAUAGUUCUCCUCAUGGAACUCAUGUAGCUGGUAUUGCUUCGGCUUUUCACCCUGAGGAGCCUUUGUUGAAUGGAGUUGCCCCUGGAGCACAGUUAAUAUCUUGUAAAAUUGGAGAUUCACGCUUAGGCUCGAUGGAGACAGGAACUGGCUUAACUCGGGCAUUGAUAGCUGCUGUGGAGCACAAAUGUGAUCUCAUCAAUAUGAGUUAUGGAGAGCCUACCCUACUGCCAGACUAUGGUCGCUUUGUUGACCUUGUUAAUGAAGCAGUAAAUAAGCACCGUCUAGUAUUCAUUAGUAGUGCUGGCAACAGCGGGCCUGGUUUAAACACUGUUGGUGCACCUGGUGGUACCUCUUCAAGCAUUAUCGGAGUUGGUGCUUAUGUCUCUCCUGCAAUGGCCGCUGCUGCUCAUUCUGUUGUUCAACCUCCCAGUGAAGGGCUCGAGUACACUUGGUCAAGUCGAGGACCAACAACUGAUGGUGAUCUAGGUGUCUGCAUAAGUGCUCCUGGUGGGGCUGUUGCUCCUGUCUCUACAUGGACUCUUCAGAAACGCAUGCUUAUGAAUGGAACAUCAAUGGCAUCUCCAUCUGCAUGUGGGGGAAUUGCAUUAGUUAUCAGUGCAAUGAAGGCUGAGGGCAUUCCUGUGAGUCCAUACAUUGUAAGGAAAGCUAUUGAGAAUACUUCUUUUCCUAUAGGUGGUUUGGCAGAAGAUAAACUAUCUACGGGACAAGGACUUUUGCAAGUUGACAAGGCGUUUGAAUAUAUUCAACAGUAUCGGAAUGUUCCAUGUGUUUCUUAUGGAAUAAAGAUCAGUCUAUCUGGAACUGCAACUCCUUCCUAUCGAGGGAUCUACCUAAGAGAAGCUAGUGCUUGCCAACAACCUACUGAGUGGACAGUGCAAGUUGAACCGAAGUUUCAUGAAGAUGCAAGUAAUUUGGAAGAACUGGUUCCCUUUGAGGAGUGUAUUGAGUUACAUUCUACUGGAAAGGAGGUUGUGAGGGCUCCUGACUACCUACUUCUCACUCAUAACGGUCGUAGCUUCAGCAUAGUGGUGGAUCCUACCAAACUGAAGGGUGGUCUACACUAUUAUGAAAUAUAUGGAGUUGACUGCAAAGCACCGGGGCGUGGCCCUAUUUUUAGAAUUCCUGUCACCAUAACAAAGCCUAUGGCUGUUUUAAGUCGGCCUCCACUUGUUUCAUUUGCAAGGAUGUCAUUUAUGCCAGGUCACAUAGAACGGAGAUUUAUUGAAGUGCCACUUGGUGCUAGUUGGGUUGAGGCAACCAUGCGAACAUCGGGGUUUGACACAACUAGACGCUUUUUUGUUGACACUGUUCAGGUUUGUCCAUUGCAAAGGCCUAUUAAGUGGGAGAGCGUUUUGACGUUUUCUUCUGCAGCUGCCAAAAGCUUUGCCUUUCCUGUUGUGAGUGGUCAGACCAUGGAAUUAGCAGUAGCUCAGUUUUGGUCAAGUGGAAUGGGAAGUCAUGAAACCACUAUUGUAGACUUUGAGAUUGAGUUUCAUGGGAUUGACAUACGUAAAGAGGAAGUGCUACUUGAUGGAAGUGAAGCACCAGUUAGAAUUGAUGCUGAAGCCCUAUUAGCAUCUGAAAGACUUGCUCCUGCUGCUGUUCUUAAUAAGAUAAGAGUUCCAUAUCGACCUGUUGAAAGCAAACUUAGGGUUCUUCCAACCAAUCGUGACAAACUUCCCUCAGGCAAACAGAUCCUAGCGCUGACAUUAACUUACAAGUUCAAACUGGAAGAUGGAGCUGAAGUCAAACCUCAGAUUCCAUUGCUCAAUGAUCGCAUAUAUGACACUAAAUUUGAGUCUCAAUUUUAUAUGAUUUCUGACACAAACAAGCGUGUCUAUGCAAAGGGUGAUGUUUAUCCAGAUUCUACAAAACUUCCUAAGGGCGAAUAUUGUUUACAGCUUUAUCUGAGGCACGACAAUGUGCAGUAUCUGGAGAAGAUGAAGCAAUUGGUGCUGUUCAUUGAGAGAACUUUGGAGGAGAAGGAUGUCAUUCGAUUGAACUUCUUCUCUCAACCAGAUGGUCCAGUGAUGGGAAAUGGUUCUUUUAAAGCUUCCACUUUAGUACCAGGAAAAAAGCAAGCAUUUUAUUUGGGCCCACCAGCAAAAGACAAGCUUCCAAAAAACUCUCCCCAAGGAUCUAUAUUGUUUGGAGUAGUCUCCUAUGGAAAGCUAUCAUUUGCUGGUCAGGAAGAAGCAAAAAACCCACGAAAAAACCCUGUUACAUAUCAAAUUGCAUAUGUAGUGCCACCUAAUAAGGUUGAUGAGGACAAGGGGAAAGGUUCUACUUGCACUAAGUCUGUGUCUGAGCGUUUAGAAGAAGAGGUCCGAGAUGCAAAGAUAAAAGUGUUGGGAAGCCUUAAACAAGACACUGAUGAAGAGUGCUCAGAAUGGAAAAAAUUAUCUGCUUCUCUUAAGUCUGAAUAUCCUAAAUACAUUCCAUUGCUUGCCAAGAUUUUGGAAGGUCUGCUUUCUCAAAGUAAUGUUGGGGACAAAAUCCGCAGCAAGGAAGAGGUUAUAGAGGCAGCAAACGAGGUAAUUGACAGUGUUGACCAAGAUGAGCUAGCGAAAUUUUUUUCACAGAAAAGUGAUCCAGAGGAUGAGGAAGCAGAGAAAAUCAAGAAAAAGAUGGAGACAGCACGUGAUCAGUUAGCAGAGGCACUUUACCAAAAAGGAUUAGCACUGGCAGAGAUUGAAUCAUUGAAGGGUGACAAAGCUUCAGUUGCAGAUGCAAAUGAAGGCACAAAAGAUGUGGACAAGACUGGUGAUCAAUCUGCACCUGUCUCUGGUGGUCAACCAGAUUUGUUUGAAGACAACUUCAAAGAACUGAAGAAGUGGGUUGAUGUGAAGUCUUCCAAAUAUGGAAACCUCUUUGUGCUACGUGAAAGACGGCUUGGAAGGCUUGGAACUGCGCUAAAGGUAUUGAGUGAGAUGAUUCAAGAUGAUGCGGAGCCUCCCAAGAAGAAGCUCUAUGAACUGAAAAUUUCUUUGCUAGAUGAGAUGGGGUGGAACCAUGUGGCGGCAUAUGAGAGACUGUGGAUGCAUGUUCGGUUCCCGCCCAGCCUGCCUCUUUUUUAAGAUUUCUCUGUUUUUACAAGUCCAGAAAGUGCACCCCCUUUGUUGCAAGUUCCUUCAUUUUAAGGAUAGUUUCUACAUAACGAUGAAUAUUCUAUGUUGCUCCCAAUAUUUUUACAUAUUGCUGUGAAACAUUGGAAUUACAUUGUAGCUUGGAUUUAAAAUCGGUAUCAAUUCUUCCCAAGAGGUUUGGGAACUAUGUAAUGGAUAAUAAUCACGUUUAGUCUGUCGGCUACAAUUUAGUUCAAAUCUUAUGCCACUGGAGCGCUUCAGUGUAAACAAGGUGCUCAGUUUGUCAAAUAUUGGACCCAUUGAAUUCAGGAUCCAAUUCUUUUAUCUCUUAGAUUUAGUAAUAAGUACAGGUUUGAAGGA